AUGCAGGUCAGGACGUUGGGAGAGAAAGCAUACAAGUUAUCAUGGGAGGAGUUUAAAAAGAUUUUUUAUGAAAAAUAUUUUCCUUCAACUGUUCGCAAACAAAAAGAACAAGAGUUUCGAAAAUUGGAGCAAGGUGAUAAGACAGUCGCUGAAUAUGAAGAAGAAUUCACUUAUCUGUCAAAAUUUGCCAUUCACUUGUUGGGUAAUGAGGAAGAUAGAGCUCGUCGCUUCGAGGAAGGGCUUCGACCGGACAUUCGGAAGACUGAAAUUGAUACAAAACCAAAGAAUGAGGCGAGCAGCUCCUACCCAAAGAAGCGAUUCUGGCAAGACAAUCACAGUGGGAGAAAUAAGAAUUGGAGAAACAAAAAGCAGAAUUUUGGACGCAGAGAAGGGCAAUUUCCAAAUCAGACAACUUUAAGAUGUGAUGUUUGUCAUAAACUUGGGCAUGAAGCGAAAAAUUAUUGGAGAAAUACUGGAGCUUGUUUGAGAUGUGGUCAGAAGGAUCACAAAAUAGCAAAUUGUCCCCUACAGCAAUCAUCUCGGAAUACCUUCCAGCCUGGCCAGUCCAGUGGUGGGAACAAGCAUCCUCAAGCCAAUGCCCGAGUUUAUUCUCUAACUGAGAAGGAAGCAGAAGCAAACAAAGAUGUGGUGAUAGGUACGCUAACUUUUGCAUCGGUUCCUGCUCGAGUACUAUUUGAUUCUGGUGCAUCGCAUUCCUUUAUUGCUGCACAGUUUGUUAAGAGAAACAAAUUUCCAUGUGAUACCCUACAACAAGAAUUGCUUGUUGGUACACCUGGAGGUAGCAUAUUAGUAUCAACUCAAGGUUGUAGGGGUAAAAUUUAUAUUCUCGACAAGAAACUCCCCGUAGAAUUAAUGAUGCUAGAAAUGCAUGAUUUCGAUAUCAUAUUGGGGAUGGAUUGGUUAUCCUUAAAUCAUGCUUCUAUUUUAUGUCGAGAAAAGAAAGUAGUAUUCAAAUUUCCUGGCCAACCCGAAUUUUGUUUUGAGGGCGGCAAGUGUCAAGAACCCUUAAAAAUUAUCUCAGCCCUUAAAGCAUAUCGAGCGCUGAGAAAUGGAUGUAUGGGUUAUUUGGCUUCAGUUGAGAUGGUUGAUGAUGGAAAACCAAGCUUGGAAGAAAUACCAAUUGUCCGAGAAUUUCCAGAAGUAUUUCCAGAUGAACUUCCCGGAAUGCCCCCAGAUAGAGAAAUUGAAUUUUCAAUUGACCUAGUACCUGGUACGAGUCCCAUCUCUAAGGCUCCUUAUCGAAUGGCACCUGCUGAAUUGAGAGAACUCAAGGUAUAA